AUGGAUAAGUAGAGUAUUCAAGAUUUGAUAUUCAUGAAUAAAACUUAGUCUGAGCCUUCAAGUAUAGGUUGUCACCUUUACAGGAAAAUAAAAAAUUUACCAAAACAUCCAAAACAUCCAACACCUUAGGGGUCAUCUCCUAGACGGUAGAAACCUUUUCACACUUUGGCCUUAUUACUCUGCUAAAGUAUAGACAUCCCAAAACUUACAAAAAAAAAAAACCUAAACCAUCCAACACCUUAAGGGUCGAAACCUUUUCACCAUUUGCCAUAUCACUCUGCUAAAGGAAAAACAGCAAUUUUUUGGAUGACCAAAAUUGCUUAACAAAUUAUAAUUAGGAAUGAAGUUCAUUGUAAAAAAAUGUAAUAUCCUCCCACUUUAUUUUUUUCUGAAUCAAGAAUUGAAAAGGUUUUUUGUGAAAAACUUAGGAUUUAAUUAAUAGGAUACAAGUGA